AAUCCAAUGUUUAUUAUCUUUUCAGUAAAUCACCAAAAAAAAAAAAUGCACUCUCAUUAUGCCUUUAUAGCCACAUUGGCAUUGUGUGCGGUCAGCGCCCUAGCAGAGCAGAAAAGCGCCACUAUGGAAGCCAUUGCCUAUAUGGAGGGCCCCAUCGUUAAGGGUAAUGUUACUUUCAUACAGAAUGGCUGCUCGGAGAAUGUUCAUGUGCACGUCUACUUGACUGGAUUGGAUCCAGGCAAGCACGGUUUCCACGUGCACGAAAAGGGCGACCUAACAAAUGGCUGCACCAGCACCGGUGGACAUUUUAAUCCCGAUAAGAUGGAUCAUGGGGCGCCUGACGAUGAAGUGCGCCACGUUGGCGAUUUGGGCAAUGUGGAGGCCGAUGCGAAUGGCAUUGUUGAUACCACUUUCACCGACCACUUGAUCAGCUUAACUGGCAAGCGUACCAUCAUCGGACGCGGACUGGUUGUGCACGAAUUG